AUGGGAAACAAUCAGCCAGGUGGCAUGUACAAACGGGAUCGCCCAUUCGACUCUGAAAAGGGUGGAAGCAAAAGCCGAACUGGAGCACCAAGUGCGUCGCCACCAAACGAGGAUGAGUGUCCGGUACAGAUGAAAAUCGCCAAAAGCGACGACAAGACCAAAUUAUUUCCAGUGGUAUUCAAAUGGAACCAAGCCAACACAUCCGCACGAAAUGUAGCAAUCUGUGGAUCGUGGGACAAAUGGAACCAACGAAUUCCUCUUGUCAAAUCGUCGGGCGAUUUCUCAACGAUCGUUGAUUUGGAGCCAGGAAAACACGAGUACAAAUUCUAUGUCGACCACAAGUGGGUGGUUGAUGAUAAUCAACAGAAAACGAGCAAUCAUUUGGGAGGGGAAAACAAUGUCGUGAUGAUUGAUGAAGCCGAUUAUGAGGUGUUCGAUGCAUUAGAUAAGGAUCUGGCUUCCUCAAACGCUGGUGAAGCUCUCCGUUCCAACCAUCCAACCAAGGAAUCUCAUGACACUCCCAAUGAUCGUGAAUUAGAGAAGCUUCAUCAAUUUGGCCAGGAAACUCCAACCCGUGCUGACUUUGGAAAAGCUGCUCCACCACCAGUGCUCCCACCCCAUCUUCUUCAAGUCAUCCUCAACAAGGACACACCGGUUCAAUGUGAUCCAAAUGUGCUCCCAGAGCCAGACCAUGUCAUGCUUAAUCAUUUGUAUGCCCUAUCUAUUAAGGAUGGAGUGAUGGUUCUCUCCGCUACUCAUCGCUAUCGCAAGAAAUUUGUCACCACGCUGCUCUACAAGCCGAUCUAA